AUGGGGAAGGUGAAGGGGAAGCACCGUUUGGACAAGUACUACCACCUAGCCAAGGAGCACGGCUACCGAUCCCGCGCCGCCUGGAAGCUCGUCCAGCUCGACGCCAAGUUCGCCUUCCUCCGCUCGGCCCAGUCCGUGCUAGACCUCUGCGCCGCCCCCGGCGGAUGGAUGCAGGUCGCCGUCCAGCGCGUUCCCGUCGGAAGCCUUGUCGUCGGUGUGGACCUCGACCCCAUCCGCCCCAUCCGCGGCGCGAUCGCCGUGCAGGAGGACAUAACCGAGCCCAAGUGCCGCGCGACAGUGAAGAGGAUCAUGGCGGAGCACGGACGCAGCGCUUUCGACCUGGUGCUGCACGACGGGUCGCCCAAUGUCGGCGGCGCGUGGGCGAAGGAGGCGACCAGUCAGAACGCGCUGGUCAUUGACUCGGUGAAGCUGGCGGCCGAGUUGUUGGCUCCUAGAGGAACGUUUGUUACCAAGGUUUUCAGGUCUCAAGAUUAUACAGCUGUCCUGUAUUGUCUUAGACAGUUUUUUGAGAAAGUUGAAGUGGAGAAGCCACAAGCUAGUCGAUCAGCUUCUGCUGAAAUAUAUGUUUUGGGUUUUAAGUACAAAGCACCUGCAAAGAUUGAUCCUCGCCUUCUUGAUGUGAAGCAUCUAUUUCAGGGAGGAAAAGAUCCGCCAAAGAUUGUGGACGUACUCAGAGGAACAAAGCAAAAGCGACAUCGUGAUGGGUAUGAGGAUGGAGACACUACUUUAAGAAAGUUGUGCUCUGCUUCAGACUUUAUUUGGUCUGAAUCUCCUCUUGACAUACUUGGUUCAGUCUCUUCCAUAACAUUUAACGAUCCUGAAAGCUUGCCACUAAAAGAUCAUACUUUGACGACUGAAGAGGUUAAAGCUCUAUGUGAUGAUCUGCGUGUCCUGGGGAAGCAGGAUUUCAAGCAUCUUUUAAAGUGGCGAAUGAGUAUUAGGAAGGCACUAAAUCCUAAAGAGAAGGCUACCCCUGCUACCACUACUGUUGAACAAGAGGGUAAGAAAGAAGAAGAUGAAGACGAGAGAGUUCUUAAUGAAAUGGAAGAGCUCACAAAUGCCAUGGACCGCAAGAAGAAACGGGCUAAGAAAAUUCUGGCAAAAAGACAAGCCAAGGACAAAGCUCGGAAAGCAUUAGGCAGGCAGAUGGAUGCAGUUGAGGAUGGCUACUUUGAUCAGGAGCUGUUUUCUCUGUCUUCUAUCAAGGAUAAGAAGAAUCUUGCUGCUGUCGAUAACAAUGAAUUUGAUGAUGAUGCUGGUAACAUUGGAGACAGUGAAAGUGAGGAAAGCCACAGAGCUGACGAAAAGACACCCAGUGAUUUGGACUCGGAGGAAGAACGGAAACGCUAUGAUGAGCGAGUUGAAGAAUUACUUGAUGAGGCGUAUGAGCAUUUUGUGUCAAAAAGAGAAGGCAGCGCCAAACAGAGAAAGCGUUCAAAGCAAAAACACUCUGAGGAUGAUCAAAUUCUUGAGGGUGAUGAUGAUGAUACCGCGUUACAUUCAGAUCAAGACUCGGAUAAUGACGGUGCUUCUCACGAAGCAAACCCACUCAUGGUCCCACUUGACGAAAAUACGCCCACCCAAGACGAGAUUGCAGUACAAUGGUUUAGCCAAGAUGUCUUCAUGGACGGAGAUGAUCUCGACGAGGAUCACCAGAGCAAUGAGGAUAAUAGUGGAGACGAAACUAAACUGGAUUUUCCAGCCAAAAACCGAAAGCCCAUCAUAAACCAAACACAAGAUUCUUCCGAAAAAAAUCCCAUUAGUAAUAAAAAAACUAAUAAUUUGCAGGAAGAUGAUAGUUUCGAAAUUGUCCCGGCCCCGGCCACAGACUCGAGCGACUCAUCAUCCUCCUCGGACGACUCGGAUGACGACGAUAUCGAGACGAAAGCCGAGAUACUGGCCUGCGCGAAAAAAAUGCUGACUAAAAAACCGAGAGAGCAAAUCCUAGACGAUGCGUAUAACAAGUACAUGUUCCAUGACGGGGGCCUGCCUAAGUGGUUCCUGGACGAGGAAAGGAGGCAUCGCCAGCCCAUCAAGCCCGUGACCAAAGAAGAUGUGGCCGCCAUGACGGCCCAGUUCAAGGAGAUUAAUGCCCGACCCGCUAAGAAGGUGCUGGAGGCGAAGGCCCGUAAGAAGCGUGUGGCGCAAAGGAAGCUGGAGAAGGUUCGGAAAAAGGCCAACUCGAUAUCUGACCAGGCGGAUAUUUCUGACCGGUCGAAGAGGAAAAUGAUCGACCAGCUGUAUAAGAAGGCGGCUCCAAAGAAGCCCGAAAGGGAGUAUGUGGUGGCGAAAAAAGGGGUUCAGGUGAAGACGGGUAAGGGGAAAGUGCUCGUUGAUCGAAGAAUGAAGAAGGAUGCAAGAAAGCACGGGAUGAGCAAGCAAGGGAAAGGGAAUAAGGGGAAGCAAAAAGGUGGUAAGGGUUCGAAAAAGGGUUUUGGGAAAGGAAAGAAAGUGCAGAAAGGGUAG